AUGAAAUUUUCAAUAUUGACAGCACUGUUAUGCUAUACAAACAUUAAUUCAGUUAUAGCAUUGUGCACCAGUCAUGACCAACGGGGACGGGAACAACAUUUUGUUAACAUCACUGAUCCCGGGGGUCCCAAUCGGUAUAGCAAAUGGCUGAGACCAAGCUAUAAUAAGACAGUGUUAGUAAAAGUCAGUAUUGAGAUGUACUCCAUGGCCUCAGUGAACGACUUGUCCUCCGAAUUUAGAAUGAAUCUAUUGGCUGACUUGGAGUGGUCUGAUCCAAGACUAGCAUCCAAAGCGGACAGUGAAUGUGUUGGCGAUGAAGAGUUCACUAUUGAGGGCAGUGAGUGGCACUUGGAUAGGAUCUGGUCGCCUAAGCUUCGGGUACCCAAUAAUAAGAAUCCGGCGGCAUUGGACAGAGAUGCCAAAAUUGUUUUGCUUCGGGUGACCAGUAAUGGCUACGUUAGGAUCAGAAAAAGGCUAAACUUAGAACUGAUUUGUGAAAUGCGAUUUCAAAACUAUCCAAUGGAUAGACAGUCGUGUGAUUUGUCGUUCAUAUCCAGUGAUCUGACCAACGAAUCCAUGACAGUUGACUGGACUACUGAUGAUUCGUUUACUUCGAGUAAUAACUUCUAUAUGACUGGCUUUGCAUUGGAGUCGUGGCAACUGAAGUCGGGAACUAUGAGAACAAAAGGAGAACAAUUCAGUUCAGUGACAGUUAUAUUUAAUUUGAAACGUGAAUGGGGUCACUAUUUAUUUGACAUAUAUUUGCCGACAACAUUGGUUAUUGUGGUCUCGUGGAUGACAUUUUGGAUGGACAUUACGGCCACACCGGCCCGAGUAUCACUGGGCGUCACCACAAUGUUGACAUUCGUGACGGUGGCCAAAGAUGCCAGAGAAAACCUGCCACAAGUCAACUAUUUCAAUGCACUGGACAUUUGGUUUGUUGUGUGCACCUUCUUUAUUUUCUUAAGUUUGGUUGAGUUUUCGGUGAUAACCUAUAUAUCUCGGGCCGAAAAACGAAAGAUUCGUGAAAUAAAAACUUUGCGCCGAAAUAUCAGCCAAAGUCAACUGUCAUUGGCCUCUAACGACUCUCAGAUGACGUUAACAGUUAAUAAUAGAAAACAACCUGAGCGCACAAAUAUCACAAAAUUUCCGUUUGAAAGUAUCGAAAUAAAAGUCCCAAAUUCACCCAAAUUAAUGACCACACGGCCAACACUUACCCUUCCAGUGCCUACAAGUCCAACAUUGUCUUUGAAAAAUUUUAAGCUCGGCAGCAAUGGACUAACGCCACCUGAAACACCAAAUCCGGACCUCACGGGUGGUUCCGGCAAUGCAUUUGAGUUUCCGCUAAAGAAAACUCCCGUCGAAAUUGCCGAAAGCAUUGACCGCAAGUGUCGUAUCAUUUUUCCCGCAGUUUUUCUUAUAUUUAAUCUGAUUUAUUGGACAACUAUUCUUUCAAACUAA